AUGCGCGUGCCCAGAAAGCGAAAGGCCCCCUGCCAGUCACGCCGAUGUCCCACCUUUUCCCCCCUUUUCGAGCGGCUGACGCACCCUCCCUUCGCAGUGAACGGAGAGCUCGUGUAUGGCGCCACCACCUUCUCCGUAUUCAACGACGAGGCGUACUUCAGCAGGGACUUCGUGAAGAAGACUCAGGAGGAGUACGAGAAAUACGUCGCGUACGAAUUCUCUGAUACCCUGUCUCACGCCGAAAAGGUGGAGUAUCUAGAGGAGUGGUUCGCGUCCUUCUUCACAAGACUGACUCGGGAGAACGUGAGCAUGGAGGUGCUAGAGAAGGUCGCGUCUAAAGCCGUCGUCUCGUUCCGUCAAGGAACGUUUCACCUGCUUCGACUGUGCCAGCUCUUCGGGGUCCCCUUCUUGGUGCUCUCGGCGGGUAUAUCGCAAGUAAUUGAGAAGCUGCUGGAGGUGCACGCCCCGAGUUCAUCGGUGACGCGAGGUUUGGAAAUCGGCGCAAACCACCUUGUCUUCGACGAAGGUGGACGCGUACAAGAUUUUUCGAAACCUGUCAUCCACUCCUUGAACAAAUUGGAGAGUUUCAGAGAAUUUGUCGACGCCAGCUAUCGGAAGCACUUCGACGACUUCCCCCCGGAAGAGAUCAACGUCAUACUGUUGGGGGACCACAUCGGCGACGCGCACCUCGCGUCAUGCUUUCCUCGAGAGGCGAACGUCAUCAAAAUCGGGUUCUUAAACCACUUCGAACAGAGUCUUCUGCAAACGUACAAAGAGACGUUCGACGUGGUUGCCAUGAACGAUGGGUCGAUGCGUGUUGUCAUUGAGCUUCUACUAGAGGUUUUCAAAGCUUGGCCACAUGUUUGA